AGCUCCAGCAACAGCACGCUCCAUUCAGCCGCUCGUCUCCCAGAAUCCCACAUCCAUGCCAGGGGUGGGUGGGGGGGAUGGCUGGAACCCUGACCUACUGAGGAGCACUGACUGAAGGGGAGGAAAACCUCAUGCGACCCCCCUUUUUAUUUUUAUUUAUUUGUUUAUUUAUUCCUUUAUUGUAAAAAAAAGCCUGCUGUCUUUUGUGGUGACCACGACAAGAACCAACGACGAGUAGAAGGAGGUGCGCUCUGCACGCACAAGGCUGAGAGCGGCAGGAAGGAGAAAGAGGARAGGGAGAAGUGAGAGAUUCGUUUCCCACUGCAAAGACCGACAUCUGAGAGCUGAGGGUCUGAAACCUGGUGGGCUCGCACGUGUGGAGCCGUGACAGCCACUUGUGGGACAAGAGGAGGGGGGAGAGGUUUGCAUCUGCACACAGCUGGCCAGAUGAGGAGGCAUCAAGGAGCGCGGUUCAGUCUCGGGUUUCUGGUGCACUGACCCUGCCUGCAGCAGGCGGGGAGUCAGAGGACCAGGGCCAUGAUGGACUUUUCUGGCCCUGGUGGGCGUGCCUUAGUGCCAUGGCCAAGGUUGUGGCAAUGGGUCCUGGCUACCUCACUGGUUUCUGUGAUAACCUUGACUCUGCCGGAGAGCAGCCAGGCAUGCCCGCCUCGCUGCGAGUGCUCCGCUCAGCUGAGGUCGGUGUCAUGCCAGCGACGGCGGCUCACCAACAUCCCAGAAGGCAUUCCCACCGAGACACGGCUCCUGGACCUUAGCAAGAAUCGGCUCCGCUGGGUGCAGGCGGGUAAUCUGACGCCAUACCCGAGGCUGGAGGAAGUAGACCUCAGUGAGAACCUCAUUGCCACAUUAGAGCCCAAUGCCUUUGCUUCCCUCCAGAAUCUUAAAGUGCUCAAGUUAAGGGGGAACCAGCUUAAAUUGGUCCCCAUGGGAGCCUUUGCCAAGCUGGGCAAUCUGACCAACCUAGAUCUAAGUGAGAACAAGAUGGUGAUUUUAUUAGACUACACCUUCCAGGAUCUGAAGAGUUUGAAACACUUGGAGGUGGGAGAUAAUGAUCUGGUUUAUAUAUCCCACAAGGCUUUCUCAGGGCUGCUGGGUUUGGAAGAUCUUACAAUAGAAAGAUGCAACCUCACAUCCAUCUCUGGCCAGACACUGUCCUACCUUCGCAGCCUGGUCACUCUUCGCCUUCGCCACCUCAGCAUCACUGCCCUGGAGGACCAAAACUUCCGCAAGCUGUUCAACUUGAGAGGUCUGGAUAUCGAUCACUGGCCAUACCUUGAGUACAUCUCUCCUCUUAGCUUUCAGGGCCUCGACCUCCACUGGCUCUCCAUCACCAACACCAACAUCACCUCUGUCCCCUCUGCCUCCUUCAAGAACCUGGUUCACCUUACCCACCUCAACCUGUCCUACAAUCCCAUCACCACACUAGAGCCUUGGGCCUUCAAGGACCUGCUGAGGUUGAAGGAGCUCAUCAUGGUCAGCACCGGGCUGAUGACAGUGGAGCCUCAUGCCCUUGGAGGUCUCAGACAGAUCCGGGUGCUCAACUUCUCCUCAAAUGACCUGCAGACUCUGGAGGAGGGUUCCUUUCACUCUGUCAACAGUAUGGAGACCCUCAGAGUGGAUGGGAAUCCCCUGUUGUGUGACUGCCGUCUGUUGUGGAUCCUGCAACGACGCAAGACCCUCAACUUUGACGGCAGAGUUCCGGUGUGUGCGGGGCCGAUGGAGGUGCAAGGCGUCAGCCUCAGCGCCUUCACCGAUUCCGCACUCUUUGAUCACUUUACAUGCCAGAAACCGAAGAUCCGCAAUCGUAAAAUGCAGCAGGUUGUUGCAYGGGAAGGCCAACCGGUGAGUUUUCUGUGUCGGGCAGAUGGAGAUCCUCAACCUGCUAUAGUCUGGAUUUCACCACAGCGCAAACUAAUCACAACCAAAAGUUCAGGACGUAUCACGGUUCUCCCCAGUGGCACCCUGGACAUCCGCUACGCCCAGCUCACCGACAGCGGAACAUACAUCUGCAUCGCCAGUAACGCCGGAGGGAAUGACACCUACUUUGCCACCCUCACAGUGCGCGGCCAGCCGCUCGACGCCGCUUCUGCCUUCUUCCUCAACCGCUCACUGUACAGCGGAGAGUUCUUCAACGACACAAAUCUGAACAGCACACGCGUUUUCCUCAAGUUCACCUUGGACCUGACCACCAUCUUGGUCUCCACGGCGAUGGGCUGCAUCACGUUUCUGGGGGUCGUCCUGUUUUGUUUCCUGCUGCUGUUCGUGUGGAGCCGGGGCCGUGGCCAGCGCAGGAACAACUUCACGGUGGAGUACUCUUUCCGGAAAUCUGAACCCGCCACUGGGACCACGUCGGGAGGGACGAGAAAGUUCAACAUGAAAAUGAUAUGAAACAACGCAGCCAGGGGUCCCUUGGGGGAGGCAUGAGCACGUUCCAAAAGAACGUGCUUGACAUACGCAAACACACACAGCCGCUAACUCACAAAGAAGUUUGAAAGCGAGGUAUCAGCUUUUGUCAAUGGCUCCACUCAAAAUUGAGCACUUACACCAAAACUGGAGUCAUAAUUAAAUUUAGUUUAAAACCAUAAUAAAAAAAUGAACCUGACAGUUUGUAGAGGUCCUCUUCUGCUUGUGGUUAUGAAGGACAAUGUGAGGAAUAAUAGUGCUUAAAGAGCUGCUUUUAGUUUCCAAAUUAAAAGAAGGAUUAAAAAUUAUAGGAGUUAAGCUGUAAAGUAACAUUCUUAAACAGUUAGGCUGUGGAAUAUUGAAAUUUCUUUUUAUUUAAUGAUUUUUUACAUUAAAAGCUCUAUUUUAGUGAUCUCAUCAGUCAAAAAGUUUAUAAAUAUGCCUUGUUUUAUAGCAUGCAGAGUUUUGGUUGAAAAGUGUAACAAAUAUACAGUUUAUGGCAUUAAAUAAAAUAAUUUGGGCUUUUUUAUAUAUUUUGACCAGAGCUAAUCAGUGAGGAUCAAUAACUGUCUUCAUUUUGAUGACUAAAGGUUUGAUGAACAAACAGAUAUGUGAUCCAGGAAGAAACAGCCCAAUAAAACCUCAUUUGGCCUUUACUUCUUUGUGAGAUUACACCACAAACACUAGCUGUGUGAGUUUGGGACGAGCGCAUCGGCCCAGACCUUUCCGUGGUUGCCUGCGGUCCAGAUGGUUUGAUUAAAAAGUUAGGACCACCAGACACAGGCCGCCACAGAAACCAUAGCAGCCAACUCGAAAGAGAGUAACAGGAUGUGGGUUGGCAGGAUCAGGAGGGUUGCUGAGUUGGGGCAAGAGAAGAGGACAUAAGUCACAUUGACCUGUCCUUCAUCUCCACAACUGCACCAGCCUCGUUGGUGCUCCUUUUUCCCAACAGGAAGGAGCUGCACCUGCCGGCCUACGCCUCCCCUCAUCCCUGUUCUCUGCUGCCUUGUUGGUCACCUGACUGUACCGGUGCUGCCCGGGGGGAGCAGCCUGGAAAGUUGGGUCAAAAUAAGGAGACAGAGAGAGGACACUCAGUCCCACAAGGAGGUGUGACAGCCUAGUUCUGGAUGAGACACUGCAGCACAUGUAUAGCACUUUUUCUCAGGACGAGUGAAACAACAACCCUGCAGAACGAAAGUCGGUACACAUACUUACUCUACACAUAACAUUCCACUGAUUCCAGCAAUACAGUUUGUAUAGCCAUAGAGUCAACAUUCAGUCUCCCGGAGAGAACUAAUGUGAAUUUGUAGGUGGAAAAAACAAAGCCAUAGUUUGUGUAAGUUGAAUUUUUAUACAGUAGAGUGUGCAUGACUAAGUUAUUUAACUCUCACCACUGCCAUCUUACAAGUUGCCUCGAUGAUCACGAGACCAUCUGCUGUCACACACACACACAGCUACGCUGAGGUUAUUGGAACAAGAAUUACACACACACACACACACACACACACACAAGCACCAGAAGUUUCACAUUGUGAUGCUGACUGCUCUCUUUGUCUCCACGUCGGCCCGCUGCGCGAAUGUCUCUGCCCCCCCUAGCCCAGUGCAUUCCCCCCCUUCACCCCCGCUCCCCCAUACACCCCCACUGGGUCCUCCUUUGGGAGGGGUCCCUGGCUGGAGACCGAGGAUUCAAAUGUAAAUGAAGUUGUGUUAACCCUACCCACACCAUGUGCAUUGUAGUACUGUGGUUUUAAAUGGGGAAAAAAUAAUACAACAAAAAAAACUUCCAUUGAUGUGUUGCAUUGCCUCUUUGUUGGGCCCUUGUUUUAAUUUCUUCAGUUAUUGUUGACUGUGACCUCUUGGCUGUUUACUGUUUUAAAGUUCCUCGUCCUCCAUACUGGACCGUUCUGUUCUCAACACCUCAUAGAAUACACGAAGAGGAGCCGGUACACGUCUCUGCGUUUUAGCUAAAGCCAGGCCAGUUUGCAUUGUUCAGGAAUAAAAAUUAGUGACUCUUCUACAUUUCAAGGAUGCCGUGCAAUAAAACAGUUGAGAACCUCAAAAAACAGGAUCUACUUUUUAGAACAAAUUCAUAGUUUCGGGAUAAUUUGCUGCAGGAAAAAAAGGGGGGGGCAGGGAGGAUUUUAAAUGAAUCAUGCAAAUUCCGUUUUUGUCUCUUGUCAGAGAUGAUGAAACCACAGCUUUUUUUGCCUUUUUUUUUGUCAAGAUGAAUAAAUGAACAGCUGUUUAAAGAUUCAUAAGACUAAAUGAGAACAGAUGAUAAAACUGGCCUGGUUUUUAAGCUGUUAACAUAUCUGUGACCAUUUUGGGUUUCACUGUGUUGAGAACAGGAUGUAGUCUUUAUGGAUGUCUUUUCUUUCCAAAACAAUCCUACUGUGUUUCCAUAUUUYUCUGUGGAAAUUAGGUUUAGAAGACAGUGAGAAUGUCUGUGGUGACUUUUGAUGGUGUUCCUGUGUAAACAUCAUUCGCAAAUGUAGACGAGAGUGUUUCAUUAAUUUCGUUUUUUUCUCCCACUUCCCCUUUUCCUGCCUUUCUUUUUUUCUUUUUCCGUCUUCUUAGCGUUUCCAAUCGUUGUCAUCUCUGUUUACAGUAUUAGGCUGGAGUAUGGUUGUGUGGUAGUAGACACAUGUUGUGUGUGGUCGGUGAAUCGGUGUUGUAGAGUUUUGAUUCGUCGCUACUCGUGAUGCCACCAAACACUGAGCGGUGAUUGGAUCAGCGGAGACAAACGAUGAAAGGGGCGACCCAGGUUCCCUGACUCGAAAAAAAACACAAAAACUUGAUUCCUCAUUGCACAUCCUUACUCAUUCCUUAAACAAGAAGAAGAAAGAAAAAAAAGCACUUCUUGAACUUUUAUCGGUCUGCACACAGCAUCACUCUGGGCUCAUUCUCUGGAUGUGAAAACCCCCAUGGCCUGUGCCGUAUGUACUUUUUCAUGGUGAUAGCCUGUCACAAUUACAAAUGUUUGAAAAGAAGCUGGAUUUUUGUCAAAACUUGCACUCAUUUUCUGCCUAUACUGAGUUAUGCUGUCCAUCUAGUUGAAAAAGUGACAUUUCUAAAUUGGUCAAGGUUGGAAAGAAGCGAUAUCUGUUUAAGCCUUGGUGGUCCUUGAAAACUGAGGAAGCUUUUUUGUAAGCUCCAUCUAAUAAUAAAAAACCCAGUGUGGACGGUUUUAUCUUACAUGUCCUUGUAAAUCUGAUCGCACAUUUGGGUGGUACGAUAAAGAUUUUCAAUGAUGCUUUAGACGAACAGUUCUUUCAAAAGCUCUCCUCAAAACAGACACGAGGUUUACAGCCACUACAUCUAUUGAUGGAGGUCAUUUUCAUUAUUCCUCUCUAUCARAAUUUUUGAGAAAGAAUUUGGGUUUGUCCUUUUCUUGAUGUGACCCAUAUUGCAGAGAGGUGUGGGCCAGGUGUGUCAAGUUUUCACUGCUGGCUGACUGCUGGCACGGCUUUUUGUUUGGUUUGGUUGUGGGCCAGGUCUGGCAGGUAUGGCACAGUUUUGAGGGUGGCAGACCACCACUGGUGGUUUAGUUUCUGUGGAGCUGGCCCAGGCAUGGUCAACCUCUGGAAAACCUCAUCUGGGCCACUAAAUGGUUGUAAUUCUUUGCAGUUUCCGGGCCAAGUGUUCAGAGUGUCAAGGUCAGCCGACAUGUGGUCAUGUGGUUGUUUGACAUUUGUUUUCACACACAUAGCCUCUGAGACACACAGCGCCAAGCUCCUUGGAAACCCCUCACAAAAUGAUGUCCCAAUUUUUCCACAAAUCUGUCCCGGUUACAGCUCUGCAAUUUUUGUCAGACAGAUUCCUUGGUGCACACCAUCUGUUUAUUCUCAGUGCAUGAGCUUUUGGACAUUUGACAAUCUUUAUAAAAGUUUCAACCCUUUUAGCAAAAACAGUCAUGCCCAUGAACUUCUGACCAAUCACACAGUAAGUUCUUAUUUGGGGGUUGUGACAAGAAGUGGUGGGAGACUCAAAGCUCCAAACAAAAUAAUGUGAUCUUUGUCAUGAAGCUGCAUCAAAGACAGAUGAUUUUGGCUGUUCGGAUGGUGUACAUGGAGGCCUCCAGAGCCUUGUGUAAACCAGAACCGGGCCAGUCAGAUUUUGCUAUGUGGGUAUGUGUUGCCUACCUACCCACAUAGCAGAUGUGGGCCAGAUCUGAUGCUAUGCUGGUUUGUCAACCAAAUGUGGGCCAGGUCUGCCAAUGAAGGCACUGUUUUUAAGGUUUGGCUGAAUAUUAGGAGUGUUAGUGCAUUGUUCUGGCCCACACAAUGCUUUUCACUUGGCCCAAUUAACACAAAGAAUGACAUUCCUUUAGUGGCCCAGUAGUAGUUUGUCAGAAGUGGUCCAUGCCCAGCACAACAAAAACCAAAACACAACCAGGCUAGUGGUGACACUGACAGAUUUUGGCCAUAUUAACCAAACAGUCAGACCAUUUGUGGAAUGCCAUCAUAUAAACAGUGCCAUCACUGACCAGACCUGGCCCACACCUAUCUGAUCUAUGGAUACAUUACAGAAUAUCUUUUUCACAAGAGAACUCCUGCAAACCUAAACAAACUCCUAAACACCAUAUUUAGGCCAUCAAGCAAAACCUGAAUUAUUUAAGUUUUCAUUUGUUUGAUUGUUUCCAUUUAGCUUUAAAUUACCCAAAAGCGUUAUAAUUUAUUAUACAAAGCUGUGUUCUUAUCAUUUUGUCUGAGAAAGACCCCGUUUUUGUCUUACCUGUAAAACUGCAUCUCCACCACUGUUUUUUUUCCCCCCUGCUGUCAUUUCUGAUUCCACAUUAGCUUUAAAUAAAUCCUCUCACUACGCAUCCUCCAGCUGCUGUUUUGAUUGGAYUAGACUUGAGCUGAAUUAUUGGAGCCAAGACGAGCAGUAAUGGGAUGAUGGAGAAGGGAGCUUGGCUGAUUCGWUGAUUACUUGCCUUAUUAGUUUAAUUUCCAUGGCAGACCUCGAAGAACGAAGUGUCAUAAAAACACUGAAAAAUACCUUAUUUUUAAACAUCAAUUUUUUUAUGUUGUCCUGAUUUCCUCAAGCUUCGGGGGAAAAGGGAGAUUAUGACUCAACGGCAAGCUGAUGUUCAGGUCUGUUUGAGGCAGAGCUUUGCUGAAAGAUUGCCCUAACCACCUUGAACGAAUAAUUGCUUCAUCUUAACCUUGACAGGAGCACUGCAAAGUAAGCCCACAGUUUAUGAGAGCACACUACCACCCAGUGGUUGAGCUGAGCAACAGAACCUUAUACGUUUUGUAGACGCGAACUAAAAACACUGAAGACAGCAACCUUUUAUAGCCAUAUUAUGACCUCCUCUCAGCUUUUAUUUUGCUCUGCCUGUCAGAGGAAGCAAAAGCAUCAGGAGAGGUCUGAUUGAAAGCAACAGUUUGGGAAUCACUCAGCAGAUAUAAAUUUUAAAAUGUCACAAAUGUCACAGCACUGUUUAUUUCUCUGCAUCACUGAUUGAUGGCAAGCAAAUGAUUGAUUGGUUACUCCAUUGAACAAAACAACUUUCUCUCUUGGGGUCUUAGCAGGUUGAAUCUAUGCAUGCCUUUUGUAAAAACAACAACAACAACAAAAAAGAAAAAGUAUUGCCAAACUCACACUUGCAUUUGUACAAAGCGGUCAUACUGUUGUGGCUGAAAUAGAGUGAGUUCGACAAAUAAUCCAAUUCCAGCAAAGGAACGAAGAUUUUACAAAGUGUGACUCUUACAAUAGAAACUUGUGUUUACUUGGGAUGAUUGUACUUUUACACAUAUCUGCUCACAAUCAAAUGAUCUGCUCUGAUGUAAAAGCUGUAGAUAAAGCGACUGAUACUCCAAGCAGGUUGGUGGGACUGAUCAGCACUGUAUGAGCAUAUGAUCGGUUUCUCAUUGUUUUAUCUAGAACAUUGUCACUCUUUUGAAAAAAAUAAAUAAUUUGAGGUAAUAGGAGGUGAUUUUAUGUAGACCUGGCAAGCACUCUUUCCUAGGUUUACACACUGACUUCAAUGAAAAAUGUGCUUUGUUUUUAAGAACGAGAAGGUGCCAGUUUUUUUCCUUUUUCACUCCAGGUCUGAUCCUCUCGUAUUACCUCAACUGUUUACAGGAAUUAGUAGUUCUGUAUUUGCUGGGAGUUCUCCUCUACACAAAAUUUCAUGUACUUCUGAGAUUUGGUUUGAGUGUUGUCACCCUCUCUUUUUUUCUGUCUCUCCAUUACUCUUUCUGUGUCACUUUAUUUAAACCUGGCACCAACCUCGUUAAGCACUUUAUCAAAUGUUAUUGCUACAUUGCAUAUCUAACAAUCAUUACUCACUUAUAAACCUAGGACAGAGUGCUGGGGACUCCGAGUAAAUACAGAACUAAAUGAAAGACAACUUGUCAGACUGAAUGGUGUCACAUGAUCAAUUACUAAUAACCAUGAGUGGCACAUCUAUGAGACUGUUAUACAGAAGAUUGGACUCUGAUCCUCUGUGGCCACAACAGCAUCUGACUGACAGUUUUUUUAACAUGUACAUUUUAUGCCAUAGCGUCUUGAUCCUUGGAUGUAAAGAACAGAAACAUGUACAUAUUAGAUCUAUUAGCCAUAUCAUGUCAUCAAAUCUGUAGACCUCUUUGCCAUGUCUGACAGAGGAAAAUGACUGUUGAAUUGUAAAUAGUGUAGGUAAAGGAUUUAAACUGCUGCUUUUUUUCCCUCCAGGGAUCACUCACGUUCUGCUCAGUCCCCAGGCUGCUUGGUCUCAGAGGGAAGGAUAAAAAUGUACUUGUUAAUAAAAAAAAAAGUUUUCUUUUUUUAAAUUCACUGUAUGUUUUAUAUACUGUCUGUCUUGUAAAUGAGCUCCUUUUUCGUCAUAAAAGCAUGAUGUGACUAAAACAAA